CACAGAGCAGUCGUGUGACCGGUCAUGAGACUAGUAACAAGCACGAGAGAGCCGUCAACCGGCUUCCUUGAACAUUCUCACACGAUCAAAACGUUCGUCGCGCGUUCACCUAUAGUAAUACUAUUUUAUUCGAUAUUAGUAAUAUCAUUAAUUCUUUAAUUUAAUAUUUAUCGUAUAACAGACAUAAUAAAAAACCGUUUUCUUUAAAAUGCUUUUUUCAAAGUUAAGUGCGAUUUUAAUAUGCUACACUCUUGUCUCUAUCGUCUUAAUUUCAAUUGCCGGAGGCUCUGAAGAUGGAGAAAACCCAAAAUCUACGAGAGCUUUGGAAACUCACGACGAAGGCGAUGAUGAUCUGGCCCAAAGAGAUAGAUUGGAUGACGAAGAAAACGAUUCCAAAAACAAAAGCGAUGACGGGAGUGACGAUGUCAACGAGGACACAACUAAAGUACCACCGGGUUUUUUGAGUCCUUCUGUUCGCGAAUACCUGGAACUUGGCAGAUCAAUUCCGGGUAAACCGGGUACAGACUAUCCAGUAUUAGCGGUAGUUCCUUACACCGACUUCUACUGUGACGACCAACCCUACCCUGGAUUUUUUGCUGAUGUGGACACAAGGUGUCAAGCAUGGCAUUAUUGUGACAUCGAUGGACGACAGGCGUCUUUCCUGUGCCCCAACGGCACGCAGUUCAGUCAGGCGGUGUUUGUGUGCGAUUGGUGGUUCAACGUGCGGUGUGAUUUAAGCAAAGAGUUGUAUCACAUAAACGAGAGGUUGUAUCGGACUACCCCUCGACCAGACCGACCACAUAGAAUAGUCACCAAGGAGCUCUUGGAUAAAAUAUUUCUCUAAUUGCUUACUUCUAUCCUUUUAACCUUUCAAAUCAUAAUCAAUAACACUAAAAAACAUAAUUAUUUAUCGAUUUUUAGAAUAAUUAUUCAUAAAAAUCAUCUCGAUGUCAUAUCUCUCUAUCAAGGCUUUUGAUACCCGGGCUUCAUAUGAAAAAAUGUAUUGUAACUAAAUUAAAACUUUUACUUUCUAUGCAUAUUUAACUACUAGCUUUUGGUAAAACUAUUUAAAUACGACAGUACACUGAUUAUAAAAUUAAACGAAACGGGACCCCACCAAGUUUGUAAAACGUUUAAAAACUAGAGUUGUGCUUGUUUUAUAAUAAAUGUGUACCUAAUAGCAAUUAAGUAUAAAUAAUUUUAUAAAGAAUCGAAAAAUAUUAGGUUAAAUGUAUAAUAAAACGUAUAUGAAUAAAUGUAUAGCUUUGUAAAAUAUUUUGUAUACACUGUAUGUAAAUCAAAAAUAAAUACAACAUAAUUUAUA